AUGGCGGAAUCUGAAAUGCGCUCCAUCAGUCUCCCCCCGCUAAUUGUUGUCCGCCGAGGUCCCAGUGAUGAGAGGGGAUGCGACAGCCGCCUCAUGGACACUCAGGCCAAACUGCCAGACAAUGCUUUCAGCGCCAGCAGUGUCCGACAAAAUCUGGCCGAGUUUCGACCCUAUCGCGCUAGACUGAUCAGCUUGUACGCCGGGAAGGAUCACGCUAGUGGACGUGCCUGGUGUCCAAAUAGCACAGUGCAGACGGCGAUGAACGAGUGGAUCCAAGUGGAUUUCCCCUACCUCAACAUCAUUCACACUAUCUUCACCACAGGUCGUGGCGAUGGAAAUGUGGCGGAGUACAUUCCCGCUUUCAUUCUGCACUACCAACGGGAGGACGGCGGCCCGUGGUACGAGCAUACCACUCACGAUUCCGAGAGGGUGAUUCAAGCCAACAUCGACCCGCGCAACACCGCUAGACAUACGUUCGAUCCAACGGUGGUUGCUCGUCGCAUUCGGAUUUACCCUUACAGUGCCAAAUUAAAGCAUCCCAUUUGUUUACGGUUCGCUCUUAAGGGAUGUCCCUUUUCAGAUGGGAUAACGGAAUAUUUGGCAACGGAAGGCAGUCGUGGUCAUCUGGGGACCGAUCGUUAUCAACAUAUCGAUUUUCGAGAUCUGACCAACGACGCCAAUAAGGCGUUGGGACCGCGAGGGGCCCCCGGAGGUCUAGGCAAACUUGUGGACAACAUAGCACACCUUAAUAAUGUCACCCAGGAUGUCUACCAUUCUCCUGCCAACCACCAUUUCGUUGGAUGGGAGAGAAGCCGAAGUAGCCCCAUCCGGCUGGACUUCAAGUUCGACAGACCUCGCAACUUCUCGCGUCUCCUCAUUUUUACCUUCGAAUCGAGUCGUCUCCGAGUAGGGCUCUUCAACUACACUACCAUAGAUUUUACCAAUGAUGGGGCUCUCUCCAGCACCGAGGAGACCCGUCUCACUGUUCCCCUCAGCCCAGAUAAGGUUGACCUUGAGGAGCGCAGUGAUGCCUCUUGGAGAGAUGCUACUAACACUAGGAGUCUUAGUCGUGUCACAGUCUUUCGAAACCCCUUCUGGGAUGGCGCUGCGGUCGUCAGCAUCCCUCUUCAGGGACGUAUCGCCCAGGAGGUUUCUAUGGAACUCUUCCAUUCCGAAGAUUGGUUAUUGAUUUCAGAGGUCCAGUUCAUUUCGGAACCCCAUGUCCCGGUGCUGCCAUCACAACGAGAAGAGGGUGGCGACUCAGAAGUCAGGUUUCCAGGCAAGUUUGAGGCGGAUAGGGACCUGCGUCCGUUCCCGAUCGAUGCCGUCAUUACAACCACCACCACAACCGCUUCUGCUGCCAUUGACACCGUUGGUGUAUUGGACAAUGUCUACCACGAGGACGGUGCCGGCGGUAGAAACGUGGCCACCGGAUCGGUGUCAUCGGCCACAGUGACGCAUCGACAGGGUCUGGCCAAAGACCAGCUGCGGGUGAACAGUCGUGGCACAACCUUCAUCAUUGUCAUAGUAGUCUCCCUCCUGCUCUGUAUCUUCUGCGUAGUCCUCGUCUGUUCCCUCUGCAUCCACAUGCAGCGCUCGAGGCAGCGCCACCAGUCCCUCAAGAAAAUUGCCUCCGCGUCCUCACAGAUAACGUCACCACCACCCCCACCACCACCCCUGCUGGGUUCUCAGCAGGACGCGGCGGCGGUACUUGCACCACCAUACCAACCAAAUACUGUUGGGGUUUCCUUGUGCAACAAUCUCACGUCUUCAGGACCCUGCUCUGCUGCGCCUGCAGCCUAUCUCUUCAGUCCUGCUCAUAGCAGUGGCACGGGAACCAUGUACGCCGCUGGUGCAUCUCCGCUACAAGUGCUCUCUUCACCGGCCAUGUUCUCCCCACCAGACGGCUGUCCGGCCGGUCUUCCGUCGCCAGGACACAACUUCGCUUCUCUGGCUGGAGGUGAUCUGGCUGCAAUGCAGCAAUUGGCUCUGCAGCAGCAACAAUUUUACCCACCCAUCGGGAUGAUCCACCCAGCCACAGGCGGUGACACGACCACUGACAGCGGUAGUCUCUACACCACCCCACCCGCUCUCUGUCCGGUGCUAGGAGGUGGUGGCCACGCGGCACCCUGCAGGCACGGCAAGGAUCGGUCCGCCCCAAUUGCUAGCCCCUCCGUCUCUUCUGAUGAUGAGGCUGCGGAUGUCGAAAUGGAGGAUGAAGAGGAGGACGAAGUGACUGGAGAGGGGAACGGAAAAUUGCGGAUGAGGGGAUUGGCUCCAGUUGCACCCACAGAACGCAACAGUGUGACCACCUCAUCGGCUAGCGAGGGGGUACAGCACACCUCCGUUUCGACCGCUGGUGGUGGAGGUGGUGUGGAUAAUCUGAUCACGGUGGCGGCGGGAGCGGAAGAUGGAGAAGGAUGUGAGAACUCGGCCCUCCUCAGACCCAGUGUCAGCAAUACUAACGGACGUCGGAAAAGACCCAAGUAUCGCCGACAACGCUGCACUGCGUCAUCGCAGAGGCGAGAAGAGAUGGGCGGUCUCCACGACUCAGUGCAGAGUCGAACCGAUAGUGGAGUAGGCAGUUCAAGGGCAGCGGCGACGGUGGGCGACAGCGUUUUUGGUGCCGGUCGCACUAUGCUGCAGCCUUUCGCUGCACAACCCUUCCCCAAUCUAGCUGGCAGUGACAUUCUCGGCACAGAGUAUGCCAGUACCUCGCUAUUUGGCUCUUCCACAGCCUCCAACAAUGGUCUAUCAACGAUGAAGAAGGGUUCCUCUUCACUCAUUGGUCCCAACGGUGGUGUGGCUCAGUACCCGACGCCCUUCCUUUCAGCGACCGCCGCCCACUAUCCCGACCAAAGCGGGAGUCAAACCUCCGUCACCGCUGGAGCUGGUGGUGGUGGAGGCGGUGGUAGCACUGCCUCCUAUCAUCUCUACCAACCCAUCCUUGUGCCUGCUCAGCAGGCCCACCUCUUCCAAAGUGCAGUGGCAGCGGCGGCUGUAGCUGCAGCCGCGGGAUUCGGUGACUCCCAACAGUUGGGUGGACUUGUUCAAUCGUCACCCUUCCUCUCACAGGGACUCGUACACUCUGCUGUUCCUCCCACGACCGCUUAUCCUUCAGAGACGCCUCUAGCCCUCUCCACAUCGACGUCCACUGGUGGUGGCUGCUGGCUGGCGCAGCAGACUGCAACAGCAGGUCUAAAGUCCUCCUCGGGCAAGCCCCUGCCCCCCGUGCCCACCCUUCCCUUGCCUCCGAACCCCUACCACAAUCAUCAUAAACACAGCCAUCAUCACUCCACCAAUGACGGCACGAGCUCGGGUCGACUUUCUAUCUACUCGGUGUGCAUAACGAAUCUGGAGCGGCUUAAUUUGGCACCCGAAGUCUGA